GUGGGUCCGCCCACUCGCGGCGGGGGGGAGAAGCUGUAGCGCAGCCCUGCCGUACCUCCGGGGCGGGGAGCGGAGCAGCGGGCGGCGAGCGCAGGGCCCGGAACGGGCGAGCCGGGGCGGCGGCAGGGAGCCGCCUUCCCCGCGGCACAGGCGGCGGCUCCGGUCGGGAUGUUACCGGCGCUGCCGGACGGCGACGAGCGGGAGCUGGAGAGCAGCGAGGAGGGCGGAGGCGCGGGCGAGGAGCGGCGGCCGGAGCGGCACGGCAGCACCUACCACAGCCUCUACGGCUACCGGAGCUGUAGAUCCUCAGAGCAGGGAGCAGACAGUGGGGAUGGCAGUCCCAGCAGUGCGGCUGCAGAGUCACCCUCCGGCGAAGAUUUCAGCCUCUCCUUGCUGGACACUAACUUACCAGCUGAAGCAGAGACUGAACUGCGCAGCUUUAUCGCUAAGCGUCUUACUAAAGGAGCCCUGUUUGAAGGAAUGGGGAGUGUAGCAUCAGUGGGGCUGAGCAUACCAGAAUAUAAAGUUGGUUGUUAUUACUGUCGUUUCCAACAAGAAAAUCUUCUAGAAAUGGCAACACUAGAAUCAGACGUCAGUGCUCCAGAAUAUGUGGUUUGUUUCUUAGGUGGCUCAGAGAAAGGUCUGGAACUUUUCAGACUUGAGCUGGACAAAUACAUCCAAAGUCUGAAGAUAAACCUUGAUUUGGAGCAAAAAACCUUGGAGACCUGUGUUAAACCCUACUUGGGAAGCUGGUUUGAGAAUACUGUAUGCCCUAUCCAGAGAGUAGUACAGCUCUUCCAGGAGAAACUCGCCUUUUUGCUACAUGCUGCUUUGAGUUAUACUUCUGUGGAAGUAAAAAACGCAGAUGAAAGAACGGAAAAAGACAUUAGCAGGUUUCUGGCAGCUGCCAGCCUCCAAGGACUGGUUCAGGAAGGCACCAUGACCUCCUUGUGUAUUGCCAUGACUGAGGAACAGCACAAGUCAAUGAUUAUAGACUGUAGUGGACCUCAGCCUCAGUUACAUAAUGCAGGAAGCAACAGAUUCUGUGAGGACUGGAUGCAUGCUUUCUUGAAUGGUGCUGAAGGUGGAAAUCCGUUUCUCUUCCGACAAAUUCUGGAAAACUUUAAAUUGAAGGCUAUACAAGACAUUAACAACCUGAAGAGGUUUAUCCGCCAGGCUGAAAUGAACCACUAUGCCUUGUUCAAGUGUUACAUGUUUCUAAAGAACUGCGGCAGUGGAGACAUCCUUUUGAAGAUCGUCAAAGUAGAACAUGCAGAAAUGCCAGAAGCCAGAAAUGUAGUGACUGUCCUUGAGGAAUUCAUGCGAGAAACAUCAGUGGCUUAAAAUGAUCUUAAUUAAUCUGUACUUGUUUGAGGGUAUUGUAUAAAUCAUUAAUUUCUUCUGUGCAGCUUAGUUUCACUAUUGCAGGAUUUUUAAUUUAUAUUUAAAAGUAUUACCUAAGUUGCAGUUUCAUCUGCCUUUUCUCCUUUUUAGAGAAAGCAGUAUGAGCUAUUUUUAAUGUGUAAAUAUCAGAUCAUACAAACUCCUGCAUAGUUUUCAGUGCUUACCAGAUUCCCUAAAUGAUUUACUCCUUUUCUGAGGAAAUCAUGACAUUUAGGUUUUACAGUCAUUGCAUGAAAAAACCCCAAAUCCCUUACCUAGCAAGCAUUUCAGUGUUUUAAAUAUUUUAAAUAUCUUUAAAAUGAUCAUGUCUAAUCAUUAAGAUCUGGUUACUUUUAAUAGAUAAAGCACAAACAUCUGGAUAAAUCAUAGUAAAUAAUCAUAUUUGUUUUUAUAAGAGAACAUAAGUAACAAGUCUGUAGCUCAUUUCCAUUCUACUUUCAAAUUGGCAGUUUGUUCUGCUGUUACUAGAUAAACAAGUUUUUAAUUGGUACGAAACAGAACUGUCUUCGUAUGUAUACAUACAUAGACUGGACAGACAUGUUAAAUUCCCAGGCUAUUUGAUCAGUCCCAUUCUUCAUUAGUUUGCAUUGUGAUCAAGACCUUCUUUGUAUGUUCUUAGUACCCAUUUUGCAUAAGUGUAAAUAAUAAUAUGUUUUUCAACCACGAAGAAUUAAACCUGAAAAUUUUACAGAUUAAAUAUUAACUUCAAAUUAAUAGAAACUUCUUAAGAAAUUGAAGUAAACUAAGUUCACAAGUUAAUUAUUCAGGCUGUAAAACAUUUCAUUGUAUUUCAGCAAUGAAUUCUUACCCACAUGAUAGGACAUUUAGACAGCAGAAUACUCGAAGAAAAUCUUUGGCUACAGAUGGAAUCAAAACUCACAAAGCUUCUGCGUGACCUGCAAACCUGACACAUGCAAAACUCCCUGUUGCUUUCCUUUGCAGCAGAGGGUGUUGGAAUGCCUAACUUAGGGCAGUUGAACAACUCUCCCUGAAGCAGUAACUGUAACAGUCUUACAAAUGCAGUGAAGUUUGUCUGGUUGUUCUGCCAGAACUCUAUACUGUGAUGACAGAAGUUGACUGCUUUCCUGUGGCACUAUUGUGUUGAACCUUUAAUGAGGUUUACAAUAAAACACAUUCAAAUCCUUAA